GCCUGUUACACUUACAGGAGCAUCAAGUGGUAUUGGGGUUGAGACUGCACGUGCUCUUGCAUUGCGUGGAGUUCAUGUUGUUAUGGCAGUGAGGAAUGUGGCUGGUGGAAGGAAUGUUAAAGAAUCAAUCAUGAAGGAAUUGCCUUCUGCUAAAGUGGAUUUGAUGGAAUUGGAUCUCAGUUCAAUGGCAUCUGUGAGGAAAUUUGCAUCAGAUUUCCAUUCAUCGGGUCUUCCUCUGAACAUUCUUAUCAAUAACGCAGGAGUUAUGUCUACGCCUUUCAUACUUACGCAAGAUAACAUAGAACUACAGUUUGCGACAAACCACGUUGCCCAUUUUCUUUUGACAAAUCUUUUGUUGGAAACAAUGAAAAGUACGGCACGUGAAAGUAAGAAAGAGGGAAGAAUUGUUAAUGUUGCGUCGGAGUCUCACCGGAGGUCAUAUCCUGAAGGAAUUCGUUUUGAUAGAAUCAAUGAUCAAUCAGGGUAUGGAAGCUGGCUCGCAUAUGGCCAAUCAAAGCUUGCGAACGUAUUGCAUGCUAAUGAACUUAAUAGACGUCUAAAGGAAGAGGGGGUUAAUAUAACUGCGAAUUCAAUUCAUCCAGGAGUUAUCGCGACCAAUAUUCUACGCCAUCACGGCUUUUUAAAUGGAAUUUUUGUUUCACUCGGCAAAUAUGUGUUAAAAAGUGCUCAGCAGGGUGCAGCAACCACUUGCUAUGUGGCUUUGCAUCCACAAGUAAAGGGGAUAGGUGGUGAGUACUUUGCAGACAGUAACAUAGACAAUGCUACUUCACAAGCUAAGGACAUGGAGUUGGCAAAGAAACUAUGGGAUUUCAGCAUGAAUUUGAUUAGUUGAUGUACCUCUUGUCUUAUAGACAUUGAUCGAUUUUUAAUUGGAUUUGGAAGAUAAUUUUAUUUAUUUAUGAUCCAGAAAAAUCAUGUCUAUUUUCUUCUUUUUGUUACAUUCUGUUAUCAGAGAUUUAAAAAAAAAAAAAAAAUUGCAGUGAUUCUGAACUUAGAGUUAUGAAAGUAUAUGUGAUGGCUCAGUGGCUCACUAACAGUUCUUGCUGUCAUAAGCAGAUGAUGCAGAUCUUCAUAUACAGUUGGUGUUCAUUUGGUGAUUAA